AUGUUGACCACCUUAAUGGACGGCCUCCUCUGCUGCCUGACAGGGAAGUCGGCCAACGUCGUGGUUCCCAUAGAAACCUCGGAAGCCGCCGACGGCUACGAGUUCGUGGAGGUCAAACCGGGUCGUGUCUUGAGGGUCCGACACAUCAUCCCGGAGCGGGAGGUGGUGGACGAGCCCAGGGGUCCGGGGGGAAGCGUCCACCGUAAGAGGAAGAUCACAGUGUACCGUAAUGGGCAGCUACUGAUAGAGGACCUGGGCAACGAGGCGAGACAGGAGCUGUUACACGCUCAGAACGGAGACACACAACCCAACUGUACCGUGGAGGUGGAGCUCGCAGACCCAUCGUCCAAUCCAACUGUCACCGCUGACCCCAAAGCGGACAAGACAGGGUCAGUGGUUGGAACAGGGGGAGCGGCGACAUCUCCAUCCCCGACCCUCGGAUCAGCCCCAGAUCUGACCCAGCAGCCCCGGAAGCGGCGGCGGAAGCCCAAGCGCACAGUGGUGAUUGACAGCGAGAGGAAGAUCACGUCGUGUAAGGGGACGCACGCAGAUGUGGCAGUGUUCUUCGUGCACGGCGUGGGCGGUUCCCUCGACAUCUGGGGCAGCCAGCUGGACUUCUUCUCCCGUCUGGGCUAUGAGGUCAUCGCGCCUGACCUGGCGGGUCACGGGGCGAGCUCUGCACCUCAGAUCGCGGCAGCGUACACAUUCUACGCCCUGGCUGAGGACAUGAGGGCCAUCUUUAAGAGAUAUGCACGGAAGAGGAACAUCCUCAUUGGACACUCCUAUGGUGUGUCGUUCUGUACGUUCCUGGCCCAUGAGUACCCAGACCAGGUCCACAAGGUAGUGAUGAUAAACGGAGGAGGUCCCACAGCGCUGGAGCCCAGCCUCUGUUCCAUCUUCAACCUGCCCACCUGUGUGCUGCACUGCCUGUCCCCCUGCCUGGCCUGGAGCUUCCUCAAGGCUGGGUUUGCCCGUCAGGGUGCGAAGGAGAAGCAGCUGUUGAAAGACAACAAUGCCUUCAACGUGUCCUCCUUUGUGCUGCGUGCCAUGAUGAGUGGUCAGUACUGGCCCGAGGGCGACGAGGUUUAUCAUGCAGAGAUCCCAGUGCCCAUCCUGCUGGUGCACGGCAUGUACGACAAGUUUGUUCCCAUAGAGGAAGAUCAACGCAUGGCGGAGAUCCUGUUGCUGGCCUUCCUGAAGAUAAUCAACGAGGGCAGUCACAUGGUGAUGAUGGAGUGUCCCGAGAGUGUCAACACCCUCCUGCACGAGUUCUUCCUCUGGGAGCCUGAGUCCCUGCCCAAAUCUAAACCCCGCCCCGAAAUCGCCACCAAGAGACCUGAAACUGCCAAGAUCCCCACCGCAUCCAACGGAGGAGCAACGCCAGAAAGCAAAGCCAAGACCAAGUAA